AUGUACUUCUCGAAAUCUUUCAUCGUAUCCGCCCUGGUUGGCUUUGCCGCGGCACAAUCAUCAGCAUCGUCCCAAGUCAUCUCAGCUUCAGAAACUCUAGCCUCGACAGCAUCUUCGACAGCAUCUGCAGCUGGGACAUCGUCAACAUCGUCAAUAUCUGGCGCGGGAGUCAUCACACACACUAUUCAAGUCGGCGGGCCGAACGGAUCACUCGCCUUCUAUCCCAACAACGUGAAGGCAAACGCUGGAGACAUGAUCCAAUUCCAGUUCCACCCAAACAACCACUCUGUCGUUGAAUCCACCUUUGACAACCCUUGCGUACCCAUCCAGAACAUCAUGUCCAACAAGACUGAUGCCUUCUUUUCAGGGUUCAUGCCCAACACCACACCCUUAAACUCGACGUCCCAGCUUCUCACCUAUACCAUCCGCGUUCCGGAUGACACGCCUAUCUGGUUCUAUUGCUCACAAGGCAAGCACUGUCAAGAGGGUAUGGUGGGAGCCAUCAACGCCCCUGCAUCCGGCGAUAAGACAGUGCAAGCUUUCACCGCACUUGCCGCCAAAGCUUCUGAGAACCUUAGCCCUGGUCAAGCCGCUGGCUCUGGUAGCGGCACGGGAACCACAUCGCCCUCUUCUGGAUCAUCCGGCUCGCCGACACUGGGAAGUGGUGCAUCAGGCACAUCGACCCCCAGCCCAUCACAGAAGACCAACGCCGCAUCGGUGCUAAGCAUUCAACCCUUCUUAGGCGUUGGUGCGGCUGCAAUGGCUGCUCUCGCCUUGUGGUAG